UCCUACUUAAAAAAUGAGUAGUACAUGUAUGGUCUGCCAGGAAUAUUCCUCUGCCACCCUCAGAUUCCUCUGUCCCCCUCCCCUCCCCGUCUACGCGUGCGCGUUUCCGGCUUCCCCACAUCUAUCCUCCCCCAAUCCCCGCCGCCAUCUCCAACCUCCCAACGCGCCGCCUCCACCUCCUCCCGUCUGUGACGCCGCCCGCCGGUCCGCUGCCACCGCGCCGCCUCCACCCCUCCCCUCCCCUCCGCGCGGCCUACACAGUUCCGUCCUUCCUCCCACCGGUCGGCCGCCUAUUUGCCCCUCAACAGCCGUAGUCGGGACAACAACGCCUCGUGUUCGUCGCUAAAACCCACCGAACCGUCCCACCCCCAAGCACCCUUCCUCCCGUCGCGUCCUCCACCACCGCCACCUCGUGGGCCGGCUCCCGAGCGUCUCACCGUUGGUGGCACCCCGAAUCCAGAAGGACUCCCCUUCCUCCCGCCGCGUCCUCCACCGCUGCCGCCUCACUGCCCUGCUCCCGAGCGUCCCACAGUCGGCGGUGCCCCGAAUCCAGAAGGACUCCCAUUCGAUCGGCCAGCGGGAGCCGCGCCCAGAGCUCGAUCUCCGGGUCCGAUCGCGCAAGAACGCCUCCACCACCGACAUACGUGCCACGUACAGAAAGCUCGCGCUGAAGUGGCAACCGGAUCGGUAGGCGAGCGACCCUGCCGAGGCCAAGCGGCAGUUCCAGCGGAUCCAAGAGGCGUAAUCCGGUAAGACUCACGCGUUUGCCCGUCGCUGCUUGAUUUGAAAUAAAGGUUUUUUGUUACAUUUUUGUUGUGUUAGCGUUAGCUUCUGCCUUUGGAAGGAGGAGCGCAUGGAGUUUCUAUGCAUGGAUUUGGAUGAACUGAAACGAUUUUUCUUGUUAUCCCCUGCCCCCUUUUGUGUUUACAGUGUUUAAAUUUGGAACUGUCUUGUGCUUAUUUUUUUCCCCGUGUUUCUACAUUACGAAGUGAACUGGAUUGAUGGAAAGAAUGGGGAAUAUGUGGGCCGUAUGGGAUUCAAUGGAGGAUGCAAGACCUGGGGUUGUUUGGAUCUUAGGUUUUCUCAGAACUAGAUUUUAUCAAACUAAAUUUAAAGUUAAACACUUGUUUGGUUACGUUAAGAUAAAGUCACUAAAUCUGUAGUGCAAAGAAUUUUAUGUGAAAAACUUGCACAAAUAUGCAUUUUCGCAACAUCUAUAAAUAAAAUCUGAGACCCGAACAACCACAUAGGUUUGCUGAGCUUGGAUCUUGUUGAAUGAUAGUCCUUGGAAACGUUGGAUACUUGAAAGUUUGGGAAAGGAUAGAGGGGAUUUAGUUUCAUUUCUUGAUGUUUGAUCUAUACGGUUCCACUUAUUUCAUCUUAGGCAGAACUUGGAUGAACUUGCACAACAAUCAAAUUAUUGUGGGUUUGCUGGGUUAGUCUUGUGCUUCAACAUGCCAGAGCUCAGAUUCCAUGAAGAUGAUCGUGUUGCCUUUUGUAGAAGAGCUUAAUUUUACCAGACAGAACCCGAAGAAUGAACUAAUGUUUGAAUGAAGAGAGGGAGGACGUCAACCAAGAUAUAACGAUAUGCAAAGAAACAAGAGGUGUACUUAUCCUUUUUAUAUUUAGAAUUUGCUGUGAUGGAUUAGGGAAUUCUAUUAUCGAGGCCAACGACUUUGUGGUCAAUACCAAGCGGAAAUAGUUGCAGAACUCGCGAUGUUGCGGAGAUCUCAGCUGGCGUUUGAUUGAGCAACAAAGCACACCUGCAGAGUUAAAAGAACUCGCGAUGUUGCGGAGAUCUCAGCUGGCGUUUGAUUGAGCAACAAAGCACACCUGCAGAGUUAAAAGAUGUCGUCUUCGAAGAAGUCCGGGGGCCGCACACCACUCGGAAACAUAACCAACACUACCGGCAUAAAUUGGGUUACCAAUAGCAAUGUUGACCCACCAAAGACAUCCAGUUCACUGACACACCCUGAAGAUCCUAAAGAACGCAAGAGGCAACGGGAGAGGGAACGGUAUGCGCUAAAAAGGGAUGAAAUUCUAAAGAAGCAACGUGAAGCAUAUCAUCAUAAGAAAGCGCAAGCCCAUUUGAAAGGCGUUGAACAGCAUCAAACUCAGACAAAUGCCAGACGAGCCAGUAUUAGCAUGCCAUAUGAGCCAAUACAGCUACGAUGUAACCCUGAUAGCAUCAAGACUGUAACCAUUGAUGAUUGUGCCACUCACACUCCACCACCUAAUAAUCUAACGGGAGAGUUAACAAUCGAGCAAAUUGAAGCUAAACGAGUGAGAGAAUGUGCACGAUAUGCAAAUCUGACACCUGAACAAAAGCAAGCGAUACGUGAUCGUCGAAAGGUCUCCGAGGUAUUGCGGCGCAGCACCCUAAGUGAGGAGCAGAUUGAAGCAAGUCGUGAACGUCGGAGGGUGCAUAAUAUGACACCCGAGGAGAAGCAGGCAAAGAGAGAUCGCGAAAAAGCAAGAAGAGAGUUGCGGCGCAACACUUUGAGCCAAGAUUCCAUCGCCAUGCAGAACCCAAUGUAUAUCCCUGAGGUGGUACGCCUUACUACGGAUGCAUCUGAUCCUCAUGGAUCCAGAGUCACAAAUGAUUGGUCAAUUCCUCUGGUUCAACCAACGCCUGUUUACAUCCAGUCAGCUUCAUAUCAGAUGCCAGACAUGAAGAAUGCUAAUCAAAUAACGCACAGACAAUGUGUUACACCUGGAGAAAGGAUAGCACUGCUAGCCCGUCGUAAUGCGCACUUUGCAAGUAGACGGGACAAGAAAGCUUCUGCCUCAAUAGAAGAAAGUCCAACUAUAACUGUAGAAGAUACCGAUGGUUUAGAUCCUCCACCGCAGUCAGGUGUCAUUAACAAUGAAAAUACCUCUCUAACCCCUCAAACUACCAGCAUCCAGGCGCCAACAACACGUCCACCAGUUAGCGACGAUGGUGAUGAUGAUGGCGUCGUAUUCGAUGAGGACUCUGAAGAGGAUGAGGGCUAUAUGUUCGCUGGUCAAGGUACAUUUUUGGCAUUGUUUCGCCUUACAUCCAUAUCUUUUACAUCCUUAUCUAACUCGUUCGUGCUAAAAAUCACUUCAGACGGGGAUACCGAUGAUGAGGAUAUCGAAUUCGAUGAAGCUGAAGAUGCCUCGGCUACUACCUCUAGCAUACCUGAUCCGUAUGACCACGUGUAUGACAAUAUACCCCAAGCCACGCACAUGUUGAAGCCUGUUGAAAACUGCAAGCAUUGCAACGCGAAGAAGUUCGAGCAUGAGACAAAUGGGUUCUGCUGCCGUAAUGGAAAGAUUAAACUAUGUACCCCAGAAACACCACCCGAGCUCAUGAGGCUCUGGUCGAGUGCAGACGUUGAUGCUAGGCACUUCCGUGAAAGCAUAAGGUUUUUUCAAUGGUCAUUUCUCAUUCACUUCACUAUACUGUAA